UUAGCUGUUGCAAUCAUCAUGAUCUCCUUUAUAUUUAUAUGCCUGAUAGCUACUGCACUUGGUGCAACUGUACAAUCCGGGACAGAACCAAUCCCAAUAAUACGAUUUGAAAUUGAUGGUCCCCACGUUGAUGGAUCCUAUAAAUGGCUAUAUGAGACUGGAAAUGAAAUAAAUGCCGAAGAAUCUGGAUAUGUAAAGAACUUUGGAAAAGGUGAGGGAGAAGAAGUGCAAGUAGCGGAAGGCAAGUUCAGUUAUAAAUCACCAGAUGGCACUCCCAUAGUGCUUUCAUACAUCGCAGAUGAGAAUGGCUUUCAACCACAGGGGGACCACCUUCCCACCCCACCACCGAUCCCACCAGAAAUACAGAAGGCACUAGAGUACCUAAAAACCUUACCUCCAACGGCAGCUGCUAGUAACUCACAAGGACAGUUCCAGGCAUCUCCUUCCAAGAAUAGGAGGCCCUAAACCAGACAGAACUUCGCAAACAUUAGUUAAGGAU